AUGCCUACCCUCCGGGAUUACAGCAUCCUCGUGAAAGUCGGCAGCGUUGCCAUGAACCCGACUGACUGGGAAAACGCGCUCCGAAGCCAGCCCGGAGUGACAGUUGGCUGCGACUACGCGGGGAUUGUCGAGGCCAUCGGUCCAGCAGUGAAGAAGCCCUGUCGGGUUGGAGACCUUGCAAGCGUCCGGCGGAGCCUUCGCCGAGUAUAUAGUGGCGAGGGUGGAUAUGGCAGCUGGAAAGCCUGA